AUGGCAGGCAUCCAGGUGGCUGUGCUGUGCCUGCUGCUGGCUGCGCAGCUGCAGCUGGUGGCGCCACGGGCGCUGCGGCUACAAGUACGGGAUCACAGCCGCAUCGUCGGCGGCUCCGAAGCCAGCGUCGAGGACUUCCCGUGGACGCUGGCCCUGCUGUACGCCGGCGUACAGUCGUGCGGGGCCUCCAUAAUCGGCUCCCAGUGGGCGCUGACCGCAGCCCACUGCUUCGUGUUCUUCCCACAGGUCGAGGUCUACAGCGUGCGCGCCGGCUCCUCCAGCCGUGGCAGCGGCGGCACCGUGCUUUACCUGGCCGAGCUCUACGAACAUGAACUACACGACGACACUUCUGGUGACUACGACAUCACAGUCAUACGGACUGCCGAUCCGUUCCCACUGGGCACUAACGUUGCUGUCGCGAGCCUUCCAGAGGACGGGUACGACCCGCCAGCCGGCCUCGCGGUCACAGUGACCGGUUGGGGAGACACGGAGACGGGCGACACACCGGACACACUGCGGAAAGUGGACAUCAGCGUCAUGGACCGCUCCGCCUGCGACGGUAUUUCGCCCAUCGGUCGCGAGGUGACCCCGCGCAUGCUGUGCGCCGGUGAGGCAGGCAAGAGCGUGUGCUAUGGGGACUCCGGGAGUCCACUCGUAAGCGGCAGCACACAGGUGGGCAUCGCGUCGUGGGGGAGUAACGACUGCGAGGCUGCGGGCGCCGUCUACGUCAACGUGGGAAACUUGCGCUCCUGGAUUACCAGUAUCUCUGGCGUCUGA